UAAUUUGGCAGAUGUAGCGCUAAAGGGGUCAGUAAGGUUGUCAUCCCUAUGAGUAGCUCUGAUGAGAUACUUUACUCAUUUCCGCAAAGGGGGAUUCACUCGCCUUUCGCCUGAAUAUUUAUGCGCGAAAAGUAUGAUUAGGGCGGCGAAUAUGCCGUUUGUCGGGCACGAAAGGGCGUGAAGUAGGAUACGUAAGUGGUAUAUAUAGAGGUGUUUGGGAACAGUCUCCCUUCGCGACCGGAAGUGGCUUUCCUGUACGAUCGGACGAUGAGACGCAUGACAGUGCCAUCCUCCUUAUGCCCCCGUCCCCCUACCCUCGCCCCCUUGGGUAGUGAGGUCGGUGGCAUAUCGAUGACUUGCAUCCAAGAGCAUAAGUCAGGUCACUUGAAAUUAGAGAAGAGGAAUAGAAUAUGAAAAGGUGGGGCAGAGAAUAUUUGUAAGGAAGGAGAAAAAAUGCAAUCGCCGGCAACUCGCGUGAGAACCCGGCCGGGCCGCGAAGAAACGUGAAAAAUGCGGGCGAAGUUGGUUGUCAGUCGAGCGUGUGCUUAGUUGCGACACGGACCGUGUGAGGGACGUGACGCCGAGUUCUGUCGCUCCUUUGUUUUUAGUAACGGUUGGUGUGAGCUAAGAAGAGAAAAUUAUUUAAGUGUAUUGUAAAGGAAAAAUACCGUUGCGUAUGUUUGUACGUGCGAAUUCUGUGUAGUUUUUGUGAUUUAUUUUGUUUGUAUACUUCGUUGGACGAAGGAGGAGGGGCAAGAGGCGUUAGAAGAAACACUUGGGACUUCGAAUGUCUUUUUGACCUUCGCGUAACGAACAAAGUGUGCGUGCUGGAGGCCUGGGUGCGCGACCUGGGCGAGCAGAACGCGGUGCUGGUGGCCACGGUCGAGGAGCUGGAGCGCGAGGCCGGCGAGCGAGUGGCGCUGCUCGAGGACCGCCUCACGAAGAUGGCCACCACCACGAGGGAUUCGUGCCUGUCGCUGAGGGAUCACCAGAUUCAGGUGUCCUCGUUGGUGGCAGACAAGAUGGGAUUAGAGAAAGAAGCACAUGAACUUGGGGAAAAAGUGGUGGGACUUGAAAGGAAAACUUUAGGCCUCAAAGAGGAGAAUAAUAAUCUACAGAAUGACCUCAACAAUCUCGUGCAGGUGAUUACACGUGCAAGACUUACAGGUCAGUGGGAGGCAGACAACCUGACUUUCUCAUGUGUCACACCAGAGCAAGUGUUUGGCCCUGUCUUAUCUUCAUCCAGGAGGUCAUCUCAGUCACUGAAGGAGAGCCAACAUGACUACAUACAACACAUGCUGGAAGAGCACCUGAGGAAAGACAGCUCCUCCUUGAGAAGCUCACUCUCAAACCUUCAGGAUGGAGAUAGCAGCAUGUAUGGAGGCCGAGGGUCUGAGAAAGAAUUGGUAAUCAUGAAACUGCGGUCUGACCUGCGGAGCCUGCAGUCUGCCCAAGAUGAAACCAACCAACAGCUUCUUGAGAGAGAUAAACAGAUAGCAGACUUACAGAUGCAGCUGACAGAGCUCCACCAUGAACUUGCAUUGUCUCAGGCUGAAGUAAACAGCGUCAACCACACUCUGCAGGAGGUUCGUCACCGUAGCAGGCACGAAACUGUUGAAAUUACUCGGAAGGAAGAAGUCGUUCGUCAGUUGUUAUCAAAGCAGACCAAAAAAGAUUCGGUUAGAGGUUCAUAUACGUCCCUUUGUGAUCUUGAUUCAGUUAUUACAGGAGAUAACAAUGUGGAAUCGCAGCUGAGUGAAAACAUAGAUAUAUUGGCUGGACGCCUGGCAGAGUUGGAGGAAGAGUGCACCCAGCUGCGGGAGGCACACGCUGCCCUGAAGGACACACAUGCCCUCUGUGCCCCAACCAUUUCCAUGCUUCAAGAUCAGCUCGCCAGGUCACAUCAGAACCAAGUGGAGCUGCGCACAGUACUAACAGCUGAAGUGGCUGAGAGACACGACCAACUAGUGGCCCUUAGAGACAAGCUGAAAGAGGAAGAGCAGAAGCACCAUGAGACAAAGAUGCAGCUCCAACUCAAGACUGAGGUGGUCAAAGACCUGCGGAAGGAAGUACGAGAUUGUAAGGAGAGGCCUUUAGCUAUUAUUGGAAAGAGUGAUAUAAUUCAUCUGGAAGCUGCUGUACAAACUUCAGCUAAGGAAAUUAAAGUUGCUGAGACACAGACAGCAGAGGAGGUGAAUCAUAUGGAAAAGGGCACAAGAGAGGGACCUUCAGUGAAUGGUUUUUGCUCACAAUCGUCCCAAGUGUCAAAACUGGAGAACGAGUUGGCAGAGAAAAGUGUCCUCCUACGUGAGCUUCAAAGUCACCUGGCAUCGUCGCGUCAGGAGCUCCACCUCAAGGAUGAGACACUCUCCAAGCUGGAAAAGAAGUUGGAUUCUGUACGUCGAGAAGGUGGACAAAAUGGAGAGAGGAUGCAGUAUCUCACAGGUCAGCUGACAAGUCUCCAGUUGGAAGUUGGGAGAACUCAUGGCCAGGCUGAACACCUUCGCAGACAGGUGGAGAAGAAAUCGGAGCUGAUUCAGAAGAUGGAGGCAGAGAACACAUCACUGUCCCAGCAACUGAAUGACAAAUCUCUAACAUUAGAAAGGUUCCAGUCAGAGGUUCUUAAAAUGUCUACUGAGCUUGAGAAAAAGAAGAAGGAGAUUGGAGAGCAGCGUCUGACCAUCAGCACACUUCAGGAGGCACUUGUGACCAGCAAGAGGACUUGUGAUGACUUACGUUCCCGGUUGGACAAUGAUGUGUCGGUGCGUGACGGCGAAGCAGACAGACUCCAGAGGGAUCUGAAGGAGGCGCAGACUCUCCACCACCACACCUUCACGCAGCUGGUCGAGGCAGGUGCCCGGGCCGAGGUCCUGCAGGAGGAAAACCGAGUCCUCAGUCGCCGAGUGACGUCGCUGCUGGAGGAUGCGGCCGCGUGGCGAGGCAGGGCCGAGGAGGGCUCGAAGGACCUCAACCAGGCACAGAAAGAGUGCGAGCGCGUGAAGGGAGAGCGUGAUCAGCUUCAGCGCCAGCUUCAGGAAGGCGAUAGACGUCGCCAGGAACUCCUUAGUUCUCUCCAGUUGCUUCAGGGUCAGCUGCAGACGCUGGAGGAGGAGGUCACGGUGGCGACAGAGAGCAGGACGGAGGCGGAGCGGCGAGCGGCGGAAACCCAGCGUGACAACCUCGCUCUCCACGAUCGACUGGCAGCGCAGGAGACAAGCGGCAGCGUUGAGAGACUAGGCCGCCAGCUGGAGGACACUGUGGCCGCCCUCACCAGCGCCCGUCAGGAGGCAGCGGCGAGGGCGGAGCAGGUCAGGAGGAGUCGUCAGGAGGUGGAGCAGCUGAGCGAGACCCUCAGUUACGAGAAGCAGCUGAACGCCUCUUUGCAUGAUCAGGUGGAAGGGCUGGUGAAGGAAGCAGGUGCCCUUGACGUGAAGUUAGCCGACCAUCAGCAGGAUAUCAGGAGAUUAAACCGAGAGUUGCACCAGAAAGAGAGGCAGAUGGCGUCGCUGCAGACCCAGUUGGACGGCGCGAGGAGCCAGCUCGCGUCGAUGGAGGAGCUGCUCGAGAAGAAGGCCGGGGAAAAUCAGCUUCUACAGGAGACUCGCGCACAACUCAACGCGGCCAGGAGGGAGGCUGCCAGAGCGGAGGAGCAGGCCUCGAGCAGCAAGAAGGAACUCCAAGACGCCAGGGAGAAGAUCUCGCGCUUGGAACGGCACGCGAGGGAGACGGAGGAGGACCGCGAGAAGGAGGUGGCGACUCUGGCGGAGCGUCUGACGUCAGCGCACGAGGACAGCGUGAGGCGCCUCGAGGACACGCUGCUCACUUACACGCGCGUGCAGGCUCAUGACGAACUGCAGGUGGAGAGUCUGGAGGAGGCGCUGGCGGAGGUGGGAGGGCGCCUGGGCCAGUGCGAAGUGCAGCUGCGAGAGAGCGAGCGAGAGAGGGACGGCCUGGCGAGGUCCCUGCAGCACGAGAUCACGAGGCGGGAGACGGAGGGCCAGGAGCACCACGCGCAGGUGGCUCGCCUCACGCAGGAGACCGCGCUUCUGAGGGCGCGCCUCGAGAGCGUAAAGGAAGAGACCCUGACGUGGCAGAGGCAAUGCGAGGACCUUGAGGAGCGUCAGGGCCUGGCUACGGACCCCUUAGCCUCCAGGGACCAACUUGCUUCCACCCUCCACCAGAUGGACAACCUCCGGGCAGCCCUGAGCGCGGCGAGGGCGGAGGCGAGGGCGGCGGAGGAGGAGAAGAGCUUGGCGCACGAACAGGUGCUCAGUCUCAUCCGGGAGUGUAACCGCCUCGAGGAAAAGAUCGAGGGGAUGACUAAGCAGAAGAUCAGACUGGAGGAGGAACAGUCAAGCCUCAAGAAGGAGCUGGAGAUCUCAAGGAGCACCCCCGUUCCGACGAAGGACCCUGAGAAGGAGAGGGAGGAGAGUCUUCUGAAGGAGGAGGUCGCAAUGCUGAAGGAGCAGCUGGAAGCGACGAAGAAGCAGCUGAAAGAAGCGACUGAGGCAGACGGGAGCAUCCAGCUGGGACAGAUGGAGAGCCAGCUGGGCGAACAGCAACUACGAGCGGAGUUGGCCACGGCAAGGCGAGAUGUCGGGGAACUACGGCGCCUUCUGCUGGAGCGGGAGAGCGAGGCGAGAUUCAACAUGCUCAAGGUCACCACGCUCCAGAGGACGCUGCAGGACCGACAGCACGAGGUAUCUGGUCUCGAGGAGAAGCUGCAGGAGGCACACGCUGACGCCCACAAGUACGAGGUGGAGGCCGAGGAACUGCGGGCGCGGGCGGUGUCGCUGACCACCCAAAUCGCCCACGCGCCGGGCCGAGACGCCGCCCACGCACGCCCGCACUCGCAAGAAGUUGAGGCCCUCGAGGAUGACGUAUCGAGGUUGAAGGGAGAGCUGGCAGCCAAGGUAGAGGAACUGAAACAGGCUGGAGAAAGAGCUGAGAGGGAGGAAGCCAAGAUGAAGGAUAUCCAACAGGACGUGUGUAGGCUGACUCGGGCCCGGGACGAUGCGCUGAGGAAGAUGGUGUCGCUGGAGGCCUCCCUGGGCGAGAGCGAGGCGGUGGUGGAGGCGGCGCGCGUGGUGGAGCGCGUGUGGGGCUCGCAGCUGCAGGCCAUCGAGGAGGAGGUGUCGCGUCUGGCCUGCGAGAACGACCAGCUCAAGGAGUGCAACGCCGACCUGCACCGCCAGUCUUCGGAGGCGCAGCAGGAGGGCGAGCAGCUGAGGGCGUCGCUGAGGUCGAGGGAGAGCCAGCUGCAGGAGCUGCAGCAGGCGAGGGAUUUGCUGGCUAAUGACGCGCAGGUGGUUGUGGCGGCGGUGAAGCAGUGGCUGCACGAACAGAAGACGACCAACCUCAAAAUGGCGGGAAAACUCCACCAGACCAACAAGCAGGUGCUUCUGCUCAACACCGAGAAGCAAUUUUUGGCCGAGAGGAACACUUCGCUCCAGAGGCUCAAUCACGACCUCACGCUCCAGCUUCACGACCUCCGCGCCCGCUCCGGCCUCGUGCUCGCUCCCUCGCCCUCCGAGAGACCAGGUAAGGUGGGCGGCGUGCUCGUGGGCGGCCUGAGUUCCCCGCGAGUGAUCUCUCCCGUCGUGGGCGUGACGUCACCGCGGCUUCCUUCGGCCACGCCCUCUUUCGACAGCGUCCUGGGAUUUGGUAACCACGCGGACUGCAAGCCUGAGGAUGGCCUGAGUACGUGCUCCUCGGGCAGCAGCAGCAGCAGCGGGUGCCAUGUGCCCGGCCCAGACAUACCCGGCGCCUUCCACCUCGAUCGACUGGCAUCGCUCGCCGACUCUCUCCUUGUUACGUCUAGGAACAUCAGCAGGUCAUCGGGAUUCGAGUCCGGGUCAGGUCACGGCAAGGUCACCUCCGCCACGUCUCUUACUGACCUCGUGACCCUUGCGAGUCCAAGCCACGCAAGGUCGAGCCUCCACCACGGCAAGAAGUUCUCGUGCUCCACAGGGAAUCUCUCCAGCCUCUGCCCCGGGCCCGCCGCCACCUCGCCCACCUCGAAAUACGCGCCCUACAGAGUGAGCGACAUCAGCGCCCUCCUGGCUUCCCCGGGGCCCAAGGCCAAGAUGGCGGGGCGCGGCGCGGAGGUCAUCCUUGGGACGCCGGUCCGAGAGAGAAGGUCCUCGCAGCAAUUGUUCCUCACGGACAGCAUCGAGGAGACCGAAGAGGAGACCUACUCGGUCCAGGACCUCGACGUGUCAGACUUCGCUAAGGAAUCCAGUUCGACGCCCUCCUGCAAAGCCCCUGAGCCCCCGAGUGGGUCCCAGGCCACCCAGACCUCCAUCCACGUCUCCGCCUGCACCCAGACCAGCAGCGAGUCCACGCAGGUCCAGACCUUGCAAGUCUUCCCAGGGGCGGCGACGAUGGACCAGAGGGAGUCCUCGGUGUGAAGAGGGCGGUCGGGAGUUUUAGGGAAAAGUUGAAUUCUGUCUUGGCAAAGGCAGGGUUCUGGCUGUGAGAAACACACACACACCUCUACACCUACACAACUCAAAGACUGUACGAUAUAUAAUAUGAAAUGAAUGCGGAAGAAUGCACUGUAUCGCAGAUUACCAGAAAUGCAAAGUUGUGAAGCAAUGACGGAGUUCUGAAUUCGACGUUGCUCUGUGAAAUGACAGACGAUGAGGUUGAAGCCGAGACAGAGGCAAGGUCGGCCAUGAUCGACGAGCCACAGGGCUGUUUAGUACUUAACCGUCUAGAGUGAUUGUCAGCUGUUUCUGAAAGUAGCGAGGUAUCACAUACGCACCUUUACACGCAGAUACUCGGAUCCAGAUUCUCUUUCUCUGUCUGUGUCUGUCUCAGGCUCAGUCUGUCUAUAUCACUGUCUCUGUCUGUCUGUCUCUCUCUCUCUCUCUCUCUCUCUCUCUCUCUCUCUCUCUCUCUCU